AUAUCCACCUCAGGUAAACCAAAGUCUACAAGUGCACAGGCUGUUGGACAUAUAAGAAAACACUCCAUUUCUUCAAGAUAAGGGUGUUAGAAGAACAUGGACAUUACCGUGUUUCUUUUCAUUUUUGCCGUGGGUUUCAGCACCAGAAUGAAUUUACCUGCUGAAGCACAGAAUACAGAAAGGUUUAGAAGAUCAGACUGUGAAGAUGCUGUCAUUGAAGGCACAUUGGGAGCCAUAUCACUGGUGCUGCUGAUUUUUAAUAUAGCUGCUAUCUGCUAUAUAUUAAGAAAUAAAAGAUUUGAAGCUUUACCCAAAUCUCCCGACCAUUCUGACCAGACCCAUGGCAACCAAGAUAGCAGUGAGGGUGGGGAAAAUGUUUAUGCACAGUUAGGAGAGCAGGAACCACAGCAACAAUACACUGAACUUGAACUCCAGAGAAGAGGUACUCAAUUACAAGAGGAGAAUGAAAGACAGAGCAUGAACCAACGUUUACCCAAAUCUUCUAACCAUUCUGACCAAACCCACAGGAAUCAGGCUAACAGAAAUGGUGGUGAAAAUACUUAUGCACAGUUAGGAGAGCAGGAACCCCAGCAUCAAUACACUGAACUUGAACUCCAGAGAAGAGGUACUCAGUUCCACGAAGAGAACGAGAGACAAAACGUGAACCAACGUUUACCCCAAUUUUCAGACAACUCUGACCAAACCCACAGCAAUCAGGAUGACAGAGAAGGUUGUGAAAAUACUUAUGCACAGUUAGGAGAACAGGAACCCCAGCACCAAUACACUGAACUUGAACUCCAGAGAAGAGGUACUCAGUUCUAUGAAGUGAAUGAAAGACAGUAUGUGAACCUAGGUUUUCAAAUGGGUGUUGCCGACAGCCAUGACAUAUAAAAUGAACUUUUUCAAGAUCAAACUGAUGAUACCAAGAAAAUGGACCGAUAUGAAAUCAUGACAGCUGAAUGUCAGAAGGAACAUAUCUAUAUUACGAAAAUAUUUACCAAUAGUAUACACAACUGUAUGGGACAGUAUAUACAAGGCAGCAAAGCUGUCAAAUGUACAGACAAAAAUCACAUAAUAAAGAUGCACAAAAUAUAUCAUUUUGGCCAUUUUGAUGCAAUAAUGCUUAUAACUGCACAAAAUAAUAAUAUAUAAUGCUUAACAGCAUAAACACCAUUACUAUUGCUUACGCGGUAAUACAGAAAAUGUUACUUGUACAGAGCUUCAGGUGGAUAGGAGUGAAAAGUCAUUUCUUGAACACGUCAGUUUGAAAAAUGAAAAAUGAAAAAAGGAAACAUUACAAAAAUAGUCCAAUAAAGCU